AUGGCUGUAUGCAUAGAAAUAAAUUCUACUAGUACAGAUUUAUAUUAUGCUAAAAAACUUCAAUCUGAAAAUAAAACUUGGGCAUGGUGGUUAAAUAAUCUUGGAACGUUGGUUGUCUUCGUGAUCGGUUUUUGUGGUAAUAUAUUGUGUUUAAUAGUUUUAUGUCGUCGACGUAAGUUAUUACUAACAUAUAAAAAAGAAGUUCAUAUUAUUGGUUUUAUUUUCAGGCAUGUAAAAGAAAAUAUGGAAAAAAAGCAUAUUUUUAUUAUUCAACACGAUAUAUUUUUAGCUGUUUCUGCACUUGAUGAAUUACAUCAAUUUGAAUAUAAAUUAACACUUGUUGCACAUAAUAAUUUAUCAUGUAAAUUAUAUAAUUAUAUAAGAUAUAUAUCUUAUUCUAUGAGUUCUUGGAUCAUCGUUGCUUUAGCUGUUGAACGAUUGGUUGCAAUAAAAUUUCCCUUAUGGUCAAAAAAUAUAUGUAGUGUUGUUAAUGCUCGUCGUAUUAUUUUGAUAAUAUUUUUAUUUACGAUGCUUAUUCAAUCUUAUCAUUUGAUAAUAAAAGGUCUUGAUUGUUCUCCAUCGCCAUCAUCAAUAAAAGUUUGUCGCUGUAAAACAAUACCAUAUCAUACAUAUUUAAAAUUGGAUGUUAUUUUAACAGUCUAUGUCUGGCGACUUGCCUUAAUGACACUAUUGCCAUCAGCAAUCAUCAUCAUCGUCAAUAUACUUAUUAUGAAUAAAUUAUUUCAUAAAAAUUCAUUAACUGAUCAUACAAAUACAACCAGUAAUGCUCAGCGUAAAAUGAAACUAGUUUAUAAAAUAUCUCGUAUGUUAGUUAUAGUUACAUCAAUUUAUCUACUUUUACAUGUACCUGGUUCAAGUUUAGAUAUAAUUAAAUUUAUGUAUAUAUCUGUUCUAAAUAUAUGUAAUGUUAAAUGGUAUUAUUAUCUUCAUAUAAGCCAUGAGAUAUUUGAUUUAUUAACAAAUUUUAAUUAUGGUAUUAAUUUUUAUUUGUAUAUCAUUAGUGGUAAACAUAUACGCAAUGAAUUUGUACGUGCUUUUAAAUAUUCAUCAUUACGUUCAAAAUCUAGUACACAAAAUUGUAAAUAUCGUCGUCGUUCAAGUUAUUUUAUAUCGUCUUACAUGCUUUCAUCAAGAAACAAUCAAGCACGGGAUUAUAAUAUGCCAUUAUCUGGACGCCGAAUCAGUUCAUGUCAACAACGACUUCAUUAUUGUGAGGAAAAUCAAUAA